UGAGUACAAAAUCCAACUUCCUGCCAAAGGCUAUUUUUUAAAAUAAAAGUUUUUAAUGUAUUUUGAAAUAAAUAAAUUUGGUUACACUCCUAUUUUUUAUUUUUAAAAUAAUUUUUGUUCUCCAUCCUUCACACUAAUUGCUACGACGAAUUCUGUAGCGAAUUUAUAGCUAAUUUCUUUCAAACGAGUUAGCUAAAGAAAAACAUUAAUUAGAAAUUUUAGGCAAUGGAGGAGAAUUUCAGAGAGGAGUUAAAUGAACCAGUGAGUCCCAUGGGACAAUGCUUGGACAACACUUCUCUAUGCUUGCAUAUUCUUGCAUUCUUAGAAUUUCAAGUUCCUAUCCAUGACUUGCCAAUUUUCUCUUUGGUUGAAGAUGCUUUUCUUUACAUCCCUCGCUUCACCUCUAUAAUGGUUCAUGAUGGAAGAGGAGUGAAAAGAUGGAAACAAAUUGAAGUGAAGUUGGAAGAACAUAUCAUUGAACCCAAAUUCAUUGACGAUGGCAUGUCAGUUGAUUCAAAUGACAAGCAUUUUGCUGACUACAUAUCAAAGAUGGCGAUGGAGGAUUUACCACGGACAAGGCCAUUAUGGCAAGUCCAUGUAAUCAAAUACCCCACAAGCAAUGCUGCAGGAACCUUGGUGUUCAAAUUUCACCAUGCAAUUGGAGAUGGCUACAAUCUCAUGGGUGUCAUUCUUUCGAGCCUUCAAAGAGCUGAUGAUCCUUCUCUCCGUUUGUCCUUUCCAUCACUGAAGUCACCUAGACCAAAAAGUAUCAGCAGAUUCAUUAUGAAUAAAAUGUCUCAGUAUCUCUCCAUGCCUUUCACUUCUGUGUCAGAGUUUGGAUGGAGUCUUCUGAAAAGUACAUUAGUUGAAGAUGAUAAAACACCAAUAAGGUCAGGAGUUGAAGCUGUUGAGUUUAGGCGAACCAAGUUGUCAAAUGUCACAUUUUCAAAGGAUCAUAUCAAAGAAAUUAAGUCUAAUCUUGGAGUGACUAUAAAUGAUGUGAUUACUGGAAUAAUCUUCUACGGGAUUCGGCUUUACAUGCAAAAUAUUGACUAUAGAUCAAGAGCUUUUAGUUCAACUGCAUUGGUCAUAGCAAACACAAGGCACAUUAAAGAUUACCAAAUAGUGCAGGAUAUGUUAAAGACUGAAAAGGGUGCUUGGGGUAACCAUAUUACUUACUAUCAUGUGUCAGUACCGAAAUUACAAGACAUCCCAAUUUCAAAUCCUCUCCAAUUUGUCAGGAAAGCACACACUUCAAUCAAGAGGAAUAAAAAUUCUUUUGCUAAUCCUUUGAUUACCAAGCUUCUCCGAAUGAAGAAUAAGCUUGAAGGCCCUGAGGCUUUGGCUAAACAUAUCCAUGGAACAAUGAGAAAAUCAAGCUUACUGAUCUCAAAUGUGGCUGGACCAAUCGAGCAAAUGGCUUGGGCAAAUCAUCCUAUAGGAGGCUUCUUCUUUACGUUGUCCGGCAUUCCUCAGAGUCUUGUCAUUACAGUCAUGAGCUAUAUGGGAAUGUUAAGAGUGACCACUACAACAGAAGAAGAAUUCAUAGAUGAGCAAAAGUUAACGUGGUACCUGAACAAAGCCUUUGACAUAAUACGUCACGAAUCAAUUGCUAAGGAGAAUAUUCCGAAAUGGAACAAAUUUUUUAAGUAUGUUCUGUAAUCCAUUAUUUAAGGACAUGGAAGUAGUAUCAUAUAUGUUUCUGGUGUCACAGAUUCUUUCUUUGUUUUACUUGGAAGUCAAGAGUAAAAGAAAGAGAUGGUUUAAGUUAUGUUGUACAUAUGUAAACUUUAUUAAUUAUAUAUACGUUAUACAUUGUAAGCAAGAAUAAUUAAUUAAGAAUUGUCACUAAAAAAUAGUAAACGAGGAAAUCCUCUACUUUUGUUAGCAUUUUUAUAA